AUAUAAGAAACACACUACACACACUCCCCUCAAUUGUUUGUUGAAGAGGUGAAGGAAUGGAGGUUGGAGGUUGCAACGUGCAACCGCCUCUUAGCACUUCUUUUUAAAUGGCCGAAGAGGAGAGGCAUUGUAAGUCGAAGAGAAAAGAAGGCUUAACAAAGCACAGAAUGUCCUCUAAUCCAGUAAUACUGCAGAGUGUGAACUUGACCAAGUAUAUACUGGAGACCAGCGUUUAUCCACGAGAAGAAGAGACUCUCAAAGAGCUAAGGAAAGCCACUGCAGGCCACCCUUGGGGCUUUAUGGGCGCUGCUCCCGAUGCGGGUCAGCUAAUGACCUUGCUCUUGAAGUUGUUGAAUGCUAAGAAGACAAUUGAAGUGGGAGUUUUUACUGGGUACUCUCUUCUCCUCACUGCACUUACCAUUCCAGAUGAUGGAAAGAUUAUAGCCCUGGAUCCAGACAGAGAAGCUUAUGAGAUAGGAUUACCGUUCAUUAAAAAGGCUGGUGUAGAGCACAAGAUCGACUUCAUAGAGUCUCCAGCUCUACCGGUUCUUGAUAAACUCUUAGAAGAUCCUUCAAAUAAGGAAAGUUUUGACUUUGCCUUCGUUGAUGCCGAUAAAGAUAACUAUUGGAAUUACCACGAGAGGCUUCUUAAACUGGUAAAGAUUGGUGGGUUAAUCAUCUAUGAUAACACUCUCUGGGGUGGAACUGUUGCCUGGCCUGAAGAGGAUGUUCCUGUACCAAAAAGGAAACUCAGGCAGGCUACACUGGCUUUCAACAAAGCAAUUGCUGAUGAUUCUCGUGUUGAAAUUUCUGUUGUUUCAAUAGGUGAUGGCUUCACUAUCUGCAGGCGUGCUCAUUGAACAUCAUCUGCCAAUGUUGUAUUAAGAUUCAAGUUAAUUUCAUGUACUAUGUUUUCGUGUUUUAUUUUUCUCUCUUUUGGGAGUGGGGGGUUUACUAAAUUUACGUGAUAACUUGUGGUAUAAUUUGAUUUACCUCCGACUCUGGGGCCUAUGCCCUAUGGUGUGACUCUAAUGUGAAACUGGGCGUGUCGCUAUUUAUUUACUAGUACUAAAUAAAAUAAAAUGUUGUGUCUAUAUUCCAUUGA